AUGCGCACAAGCGCAUUCUCAGACGCCCUCUCGUUCUCCCUGGAUCUUCUCUCAGAUCCAGCAUCCCAAGCUAAACCAAAAGAAAUAUAUUUAUAUAUAACGCAUGACGGCCGCCCCCCGUGCGCGGGUCGGUGGGUUGUUUUUUGGAGGUUACUCGAGGCUGACAAGGAAAGACGAGACGAGGUAACGGGAUGGAAAGGCAUGCAGGAUACAGGGGAGAUGAGUUCUGAGAAAGGGGGGGGCAGAGCGGGACUGGGCGAGAACGAACAGGAGCGUCGGACUCGCAUCACAGACGAGAGACACCGAAUGCCGAAUCUCUCUGUCAUGUUUUCGUUGAUGAUCGCGGCUCCCGGUUCCCCUUCCCUCAACCUUGGGAGGCGAAUUUGCAUAACGUUAUGGAUUUGCGAAGACAUCGUAGAUGUCUGGCUAAGCCAGUUUGAGUGGGUCGCUUUGUAG